UCUUUCAGUGCGGGCGUUUUAUAAGGUCGAGUUGACAUUACAAGUUUACAAUCGUUUGUUCGACCAGCCACAUUAGAGUUAGAGUGUAUGUUGCGAGAUGCGGGCGGGGAAGGACGUGAAGAAUUUCUAAUUCCCCAUCUCCUUCCUUUGGACCGUCGCUCACCCCCUUGGUACAAAUUUCUUUCUCUCCCUAGCCUCCCACUGCUGUAUUUAUCAAAGAUGGCAGCUGUAAUUUUCACGAAGAAAAUACUGAGCAAUCACUUGCCAAAAUUACGGCUGCUCUGCAGACUACAUCAGAAAGGCAAUACUCCCCAAUUUCCAGAUUUGGAUCCACGAUGCAAGCAGUUUUCCAUCUCACAUAUUGAUCAUAUCGUGCUAACAGUUGAAAAUGUAGAGGCUACAGUACAAUUCUACACCCAGGCUCUUGGGAUGGAUGAGGUUACAUUUGGUCAAGGUAGGAAAGCUCUUGGAUUUGGAAAUCAGAAAUUCAAUUUGCAUCAAAAAGGGAAGGAGUUUGAACCAAAAGCUGCAAAUCCAACACCUGGUUCAAUUGAUAUUUGCCUUAUCACAAACACACCAAUAUCAAGUGUUAUCACACACCUGAGGAGUCUAGAUAUAAAGAUUGAGGAAGGACCUGUUCAGAGGACUGGUGCCCAAGGACCAAUUACUUCCAUUUACCUUAGGGAUCCUGAUAGAAACCUCAUCGAGGUGUCUAAUUACAAUGAUAAUCAUUGAGCAGAUAGGCAAGGAUUCUUAGAAAUAAAAAUACAGACUUUAAUGGGCUUUGUCUUUACAGAAUAUGUACUUAUUGACUAAGUGGGAGGGCUGGAAAAUAUUUGGCUUGAGGUUGCGACAUAUGAACCAUGCUGUGCUCAGUCAGUGCUUCAUGACUGAGAGCCAAAUAUUUCCCAGUCCAGCCUGACACAACUCAGUCAAUAGGCAAAUUGUCAUAUGACCACUUUGAAAAUUUUGUUUCAACUUAAAAAGGACAAGGUAGACAGACACACAUGAGACAACCACAAAGGAGAUUCAUAGAUUGUAUUUGAAGCAGUUGUUUAAAGUGCCAAUUGCAACAUUGAUAAUGCAUGACACUUUAUCUGAAAGUUUUUUGAUGAGUGAAAUAAAACAUAAAAAAUUGAGAGAUAUAUAC